UUUGCUUGCCAGUCUUUCUCCCGGCUUCAAGGAGCAUGCUGUGGGAUCAUUAUACAGUACACGAGAAGGUCCUUCGCAGUCACAAGGUGGACUUGAGUGUGGUCGUGAGGACAGCGGAGACGUCUACGCUUCGGCAGCUCAGCACGUCCGACUGCUCUGGGCCGACCGUAAACAGUCCACUAAUCCUUUCGAACAAGUCGACCGCAUUUUAAUUGUCGAUUUUCAGAGAGUUAUAUUAAAAUUAUCUGCCGUAUUUACUGACGAUAAUUCCCAGUGGAAUAAUCCAUAUUCUUGCUCGUUUUAUAUUUAUCAGCAGUAAACGGAAUUUGUUGACAACUGACAUCAAUUUGUCUGAUUCGCCCGGCUUCAUGUGGUAAUCUUCAUCUCUAUAAACCACAUGAUGUAACACACCGAGACAGGAAACAUUAGCAGGAAUGUCACUGAGUCUAAGCUGGAAUUGAUGCCCUUACUCGGCCUGGCAAGUUGUUGAAGUUGUUCGAAGAGAUUGUGGACAGCCACGCAAAGUCAGCUGUGUUUUUUUUUUAAAUAAAGUGCUGUGAGAGGUUAUCGUGAAUCAGUUUAAUAAUUAAUUGUUGUCUAUAUACCUGAAUCAGACAACGCGUGACUUCAAGAAUGCAAUUUAUAUUAUAUUUAACCUUGAUGUUAUUGAUUUAGAAGCACUGAUCACAAUUUCGGAUAAAAAUAGUUCCUUGAAUGGACUGGUUUUGGCUAUUUUAAUACGGGUUUUAGGCCACAUACGUUUCUUAAUUUAUGCAUUCUGUUGAAAUUUAGGGUUUUUUUCUUUUAACUCGUAUAUUUAAAACAAAGACAUAACAAAAUUAAUAAAUGCAGGAAGUAAAAAUUUGCAUCACUGCCAGAUUUUAGAACACGGUUUAAAAUAAGAAACUGAAAUAUUUUAUAGUAACAAGAAUUUAUUCGUGUUUUAAUAGGAUAACCUUGAUACUAUUAGCAAUUUGGUUUUCUGUGCGACGUAUGUGAGUAUAUAAGUUGACAAGAAAUUUUGUGAUCAAAACCUGUGCAAUUUUAAAUUUUAUCUUAACAGUGCUGUGUGUUUUGGCAGUGAUGACUUAAUGGCAGGGCUGUUUUAGUAUAUAAAGGAGAGUGAAGAGACUUCAAUAUAAUUUGACCGCUAUCUUCGCCUACAAAAUGAUGCUGGUCUGCUACAUCGUUGGAGGCGUCUUACUUGCUCUUGUGGCCCUGCACCUUUUCCUGGAACUGCACUACUUCCUGCGGAUGUGCCUCUCCGUCAUCAUUGCCAGGUUCUGCAAGAAAAGGGUGAAGAUCCUAGACGAUACAUACAUCCAUGGUGUCUGCAUUACCACAGAUGUGGACACACUUCUCUAUCACAUGAAUAACGCACGCUACCUCAGAGAGCUCGACUUUGCUAGAGUGGACUUCUACGAGCGGACCGGACUCUACAGGAGUAUCCGUCAGAAAGGCGGCGCCGUGGUGCAGGGCGCGUGCACCAUUCGCUACCGGCGCUUUGUUCGGCCCUUCUCGAUUUUCAAAAUUACAUCAAAGAUUAUCUACUGGGACAGCAAGGCCCUCUAUAUGGAGCAUCGUUUCAUCACUCCAAAGGACGACUUCGUCAGGGCGAUUGCUAUUUGCCAGCAACGCGUCAUAUCCUGUAACGCAGAUGACAUAAUGAAAGAACUUUUAGGGCCAGAAGGAGGCAUUCAGAAACCGGAAAUGCCUCUAGAAGUUGCGAAAUGGAUCGAAUGCAAUGAGAUUUCUAGUGCGAAUUUACGUAAUGGUUGCUGACAAAAGGAUAAGGUCCCUCCCAUGGACCCAAAAUCUGUGGUUUACGCGGAGGGACAAACUGACUUGUCUACCGUCGCAAAAAUUCCUGUGAACUUGUAAUUGUUAAUUUAUAUUGCCAUUAUUUUAAUUGUGUUGCCAUUGUACCAUUAUGUUAUUCUAAAGAAGAGUUUUAUAUUGAUGACAGUAGUUUAUAUACUUUGCAAAGGAUGAUGGGAAAGGAACAGUAGAAUGAAUUCAAGUCUUUCUCUGCAGGAUGGAAAUAAUUUUAUACGACUGGAGGUCCUCCCGGAAGUGAGACUCGAGAUUACGGUUUUCUAGAUUAUUAAAGAGAGUUUGGUAGAUGGGCAUCAGCGUUUCGGAGGAAUUUUCUGCCUCCAUCUUUAGUGUUACCCUGGAGGUAGCAGGCUCUUUCGAAAUAUUCGGUAACUAUCUACCAGACUAAACUGCGUUACUUCCCAAAAUAUUUCAAUCCUAAAAAUUAAAUGCUCUAAUUAAUAUUAAGACUGAAAUUUUUGUGUUUUAUUCAUAAUACGUAACCAGUUUUAAAAGUACUUAGAUUUUAAUAAAUUCCUAUAUAUUUCUAAUUCUUAUUUAGCAGUUACACCUCACAGAUUUUUCAGUUUAAUUGGGUCACGCUUUCUUCCGUACAUUCUGGUGAAAUAUUGCUGAAUUCUGAGCGAGAGAGCGUUUUGCUACCAACUUCUUCUGCUCGGUAGAGAAUAUAAGAUUCUUGUAACUUUAAAAUCGAUGUUCUUAAAAUUAUAUUAUUAAACGACGAUUGUUUAACACCUACGUUAUUUUAAUUUGUAAGCAACUGAAUGAACUAGGAACAAAAAAUACGAAUGAACUUUAGCCUUACAAUCACUUACGUACUCCGUCCUCAGAAAAAUAUUAUUAGAAUCACCAAGUGAAGGAAGAUGAGAUAGGGGGAGCAUGUGGCACGCAUAGAAGAGAAGAAAAUUUUGUACAAUUUUGUGAAAUAAACCUCUGAAGAGAUCAUUAAGCAGACCUAGUUGCAGAUAGCAGAAUAAUAUUAAAACGGGUGUUAAAAAGUAGGUUGAGAGAUUAUGGGCUGAAUUUAUCUGGGUCAGGGUACGGGCAGUGAACAUUCGGGUUCCAUAAAACAUUAACUGAGAAACUGUUAGCUUUUCAAGAAAGAGGCAGUUACAUGAAGAUAAUUAACUCAUAGACGCGGCUUAUAGUCGAGUUUCGCCGUUUGGCUCCUCCUCUGAAUCAGAGAUUUUAAUCUUCAAAAUAUUUUCCACCCUGCAUUAAUGAUCAGCAGACAAGUACUGCUGUCUCAGUCCAACAUGGCAGGUCUACAGUAGGUCAGCAUAGCUGCAAGCACUCUGGGCUUGAAUUCUGGAGCUGCCAAGACGGAACCUGGUUUGGAUUCUCGUUCGUAACCUUGAAAUUCAACAGUUUUUCUUUUUCCCCUCCGAAAAAUGUAAUAGAACUUUGAUUUGCGCCACUGACCUCGACACGAAAUCGCUUUAUCAAACCUUACUGUCUCAUUGGAAGUGACACUUUAUAGUCUGGUAGAAAAUUACCAGCUUUUCAGAGGAACUGAGUGCCUCUAUCUUUUUUCUUCGCCUUGUCGUGCUGUUGACUCAAUGUCUAAGAUGACUAAUCUCUUCUACCCUCAAGAUAGAUGCAGAAUUUUGCUCCAGAACGUUGGUAAACUUCUACAGACUACAAAGCAUAAUUUCGCAGAAGAUUGCAAUGUUAUUCGCUGCCGUAAGAGACCGAAAUCUCCAUUUAUAAUGGCAUCUUCAUGAGACAGUGCCAGACGUUGAUAUGAAAGUUAUCUCACAUUAGCACUCUUCAAUAAACGUUUGAGAUGGGACAAGGUAAGCACGCUGGUGCAUCGCAUGUCUCAAGUUUAACCUUAGUUAUCGUCUUUAGGCUUGCGUCAUUGCAAUAUACAUAUAUAUUAUAUGGUGAGAAUAUAAGUCACGUUUGAUUAGGAUAAUGAAAUGGGCUUAAAAUAAACCAGUAACAUCGUAUAAGGUCAGAGGUUUACACAUUUGUUAAAAUCGUAUUGUGACCGUCUUCUUAUUAGAUGUUAUAUUGUAUACAGGCGUACAGUGUCUCCAUCUGCGCCGCUGAACUCCGGAAACGAACCUUGCAAAAUGGUGUGAUAAUCCAGAACACGAUAACAAGAAUGACUGUUGUAUUUCAGCUUGAAACAAAGCGAUAGAUUAUGGAAUUCAUUAAGAAAACGACUGUUACUUUCCCAGCAUGCAUCACAAGACAAACACGCUUUAAAUAUUGGUGAUUACGAGUAUAUUGCAGAACUGAUUCUAUGUACUUAGAAGAUGUUUGCUUUGAUGUUGAAUAUAUUUAUGAGAAUGUGUUACCAUAUCACCGAUAUCCAUAUCUGUUAAAAAUCGUCACAUUAACUGUUAAACCCAUAUUUAAUAUCGUUAAUAUAUAAACAAUUGUUAUGGAAAUCUCAUUAUUUCAAAGAUUUCUGAUUGUCGAUGUUAUCAUUUGAGGUUAUGGGAAGUUAUACUGACACAAAAAUACAGCUCAUGUGCAGGUAAAAGAUAUAAGCGUACUGCGUGCUGAAUGACUGAGUAAUGGGUUCCAAGGUAGAGAUUUCAUUGUGGAUGGUCAUUUGUACGCAUAAUACAGUGUGUCCCAGAAUAUUAUCACCUAUUUCUGUCAUAUCGUUUAUGAUACGUUAAUAGCAGAAAAUUACUGUAUCAAACAGAGAUGGUAAUACAAAAUUCUUGUCGAAUAUA